AUGGAAUACUCUAAAUUGCCUGUCUUCUUAUUAAAAUUGAAAUCUAUGUUAGAAGUACUUUUUUAGAGUGAAUUGAUAGGAUUAAUGUAAUCAGCACAUCAUCAGUUGGAAUGAAUAAGGAAAUAAAGUCAUCAUCCAUUAGAUUGAUGAGUUUAGGUCUUCAAUUUUGCCACUCUACUUUAAGAGUACUAACUAUUCCAGUUUCUAAAAGUAACAUUAUUAUGUUGAUUACAGAUAAUUAAAUAAUUAUGGAUUCAAGAAUAUCAGAUAGUCUGCAAGACAAUGCGAAUUUUAUAAUGAGUAUUGGACUCAUGAUUACAAAAGAAUUCAUUAAAUAAUGAGGAAGAGACAUAUUCAAGAGGAUGUCAAUUCAACAUCAACUUUUAUGUCAUCUCUGUUGUUGUUAAUAUCAAAUUAGAAAUAGUUGAUGGCUAAUAUAGAAAUGAUACAUCAGUAAUAAUCUAUGAUAAGUUAAAACAUAUAUCAUCUCCACACAGAAUCGAUGAAAUAAUAAGAACUAAUUAUUAACUUGGCUGAUGAAAUUUGA